AUGAAACAACAUGGAAAAGCAGAGAAGCAAAUGAACAGAACACAGAUGUUGGAGCGCUUUUGUUCCGGGUCAGCCUUGUUGUUGUCUCUUUUAUGUUGUAUUGCGUGGAUUAACGUGGAACUCAGAAUACAAGAACACCAUCGACUGAUAUCACACUCAGCAAAGUUCUGUGAUAAGAUAGAGACAGAAAUCACACGAAAGAUGCAGAAGAAUUACGCACGCUGGCAACUUGAGAAUAUAAGGAAAGAGGAAGAUGUCUUUGAUGUCGAUGAAUAUGAGAAACAGAGCCAAUCUUUGAUAUUUUCAGACGAACAGGAAGCUAUAUCGAGAAAGAGACGCUUUACACGGGAUGAUUUACAACAAAACUCUUCCCCAGCAUCCUCUUUUGUGCAAAAGCUGAUCAAACAAGAGCUUGGUCUGCUGCAAAACCAAAUCUGCGCAAAAAAUCACACACUUUGCCAAGCAGGACAAAAAGGUAACAGAGGAAGACGAGGAAGACCGGGAAACCGAGGGAAACUGGGUCCUCCCGGAAGAACUGGCCCAGAAGGGCCACCUGGUAAAUAUGGACCUAUAGGACCGCCGGGGCCGAUGGGAAUAAAGGGGGAUGUCGGAUUACCAGGGAGCCCCGGUCUCUUGGGACCACGAGGGCCACCGGGAGAGAAAGGAGCCACAGGUAAGCCCGGUAAGUCCCUCUCAGCGCCAUCUCUGACUGAGCGACCCAUUGGAAUGACAGUCAAUGAAAGUCAGACAGCCAUGUUGAAAUGUAAAGUGAGUGGUAACCCAAGGCCAAAAGUCAAAUGGUCUAAGGUGAGAUCAUCGCUUCCUGUUGGACGUCACACGGUAGAGUCCAGUGGUACGCUGAUUCUAAAAGACGUUCGACCUGGGGACGACGGAGUCUACAGCUGCAGGGCAGAGAGUUUGCUGGGACAAGUCAACACUUCAGCAAAAUUAACUGUUCAGUUCGUCCCUAAACUUAGGUUAUCAUCAAGUCGAUUAAUGGCUGAAGAGAAAAAAAACGUGACUAUUGCCUGCAAUGCUGUUGGUCAGCCGCGGCCAAGGAUCACGUGGUCUAAGUCAGUGGGUAGUCUGCCGAAAGAUAGGACUGAAGUAAGGAAUGGAACGUUAAAAAUCUAUAGUUUGGCGAGAAAGGACAGUGGAAUAUUCAUCUGUAAGGCAGAGAAUACUUUGGGAUCAGCGACAGACACCGCUCAUCUCAUGGUAUUUACUCCUCUGAAGUUCAAAGUGCGUCCUCCUCAGGAGGUGACUCCACAUGCUCCUGAUCCUCUUUAUGUACCAUGUACGGCCGAGAGUGACCUGAGGGCUACAAUCACUUGGACAAAGGAUGGCAUGUCUUCUCUUCCUGUGGAGUCUAAUGGUACACCAGAUGAAAAGCUAAUAAAUACAAUCGAACUAAAAAGCUUUCAUCGCAUUUGGUUAGCUUUUCUCUGUCUUCACCGUCAACUUUCGGUUUCAAAUGGUGGUAUGUGUCGUGAAGAGAAAUCCCAGCUUGGUUUUGCCCUUCUCAACUCUUCCUACAGCACAAAGCAAACAUCACACUAUUCUGACUGCGUAGAUAUAUGCGCGCUUGAUCCUCAGUGCAUGAGUUUUAAUUUCUGGUGGGAGAAGAAAAUAUGUGAUUUGAACAGCAAAGCAAGAGAGCAUAGUUGCCGGGCCUGCUUUGUGACAGAUAAGUCAUCCACUUACAUGGGAAUGGCGAGGUAUCCCGGCUACCCAGCAUUAGCGAGGUCCUGCAGCGCCUUGAAACAGAUUGACCCUGCAGCACAAAGUGGCUCGUACAUCAUUGACCCUGAUGGCGAGGGAGGCUUCCCGCCCUUAUUUAACGUCACCUGUGAUAUGAGUGACAAGAAUGGAGUUGGGGUGACAGUCAUUAGUCACGACAGUGAAACCAGAAUGCUAGUGAAAGGAUGUAAUGGCCCAGGAUGUUAUUCACGAGACGUUCAUUACACAGGAGCGAGUCUGUCCCAGCUGGCCAAUCUAGCCAAAGUUUCCUUACAUUGUGAACAGUAUAUUAAGUAUGAGUGCCAAUCUUCGUCCAUCGUUUGGCAAAACAGAACAUUCGCAUGGUGGGUAUCACGCGAUGACAUCAAGAUGAAUUACUGGGGAGGAGCCUCGCCUGGGAAAGGAGACCAAAUCUGCGCAUGCGGAAUGAACAACACGUGCCCAAAACCCGACAUCGUUUGUAACUGCGACAAAAACGACGGAGUUUUACGAGAAGACAGCGGUCUCCUCACCGACAAGAAAAGUCUUCCGGUUAAACAGCUGAGGUUUGGAGAUACUGGGGAGGAACACGAAAGAGGCUUUCAUACUUUGGGAAAGUUUAAGUGCUAUGGCAUAGUUUAAAUGCUUGCUAAUUUAAUCUACCCGAUUAUCCUGACAUAUGUUGGACUCGAGCGCAAUCGCGGAAAUAUUUCAGUCUAAUGUACCCUAGUUCUAUAAUUG